UGUAUGUGUGUUUGAGUGAGAAAGAGGCAGAGAUCGAAGGAUUAAACGGAAGAAGAGAAGGAGGAGAAGAGAAAUAAAAGAGUAAAAAGGAAGGAUGUUGGAUAGGAUGGUAGGGAGAAGGGUGGUAGGUAAAAGCAGGAUGGAAACGAGAAGGGAAGGAGAGAAUCGACCGGGUGGUGCAAGAAGCGAAGGAAGAGAAGGCAAAAAGGAGGAAAAAAGGUGGGAUCCCUUAAAAAUUGAGACCCACAGAGGUGGGGAUCGGAAUUUCGGGCCCCGUAAACCGGCCAGUCUCGAGGAGGCCUUCGCGAAGAUGAGGUGAAGAGAAGAGGAAAUAGACAUCCGACGGGAUAGAAGAAGAAGAAGGAGAACGAGAAGGAGAAGAAGAAGAAGAAGAAGAAGAGGAAGGCGAGGGCGAAGAGGAAAACGACGAGGAAGAAAAAGGCGGAGAAGAAGGAAAGGAAGAAGAGUAUAUAGGAGAGGAAAGAAAGAGACGGCAACGAUCACGACGAUCACGACGACCACGACGACGAAGAAGACGAAGAAGAAGAAGAAGAAGAAGAAGAGGAACCGUGCCUAGUCUACUGUGUACCCGGCAUGGACCGUCAGUACACACUCUGCGUACUCGUACCGGCGCACCAGUACCGCACCUACGUAAACAAUUACCAUCAGCAGGCGCAUCAACAGCGACUGCAACAACACCAACGCCAGCAAUAUUCCGAGCAGCAACGUUCCUGCAAACAGCCUUAUCAACAGGAGCAAAUUUACGAGAACGUCGUGUCCCAAUAUCGAAUGAGAAUGUGCUACCAUAACGACUACGAGAACGACGAGCAGAUACAGAGGUUCUACUGGGAGCAGUGCUACAGACGUGAUGACACCGACGCCACCGCAUACUAUUACUGUGAAUACGUAAGGACUCUUCCAGGAUUUUCGCGUACCUCGUGCGUUACUCUGACCUCUUGGAAUCCGUUGAAGUGAAAUUCCACGUCCGGCGUAUCAUCGUCAACGACUUUGUCAUCGAUCAGUGUUUUCCUUUUCAUACCUCUGCUAUCUAAUGUCUCAUAUUUCGUUCAAAUAUCUCUCUGUCUCUCCGAUCUCACGUGUCUCUAAUAUCAAGAUACGAUUCGCUGAUAACAUCGAAUAGA